ACAUACCUUGCCAUGGCUUCGAUGAAAGCUUUUGUGUUGAGUUUUUUUCUAAGUUUGUUGUUUUACAGUAUCAAUGGUGUUGAAGUGAGUCAUGACGGAAGAGCCAUCAAAAUAGAUGGAAAAAGGAGGGUUUUGAUAUCUGGAUCAAUUCACUAUCCUAGAAGUACACCAGGGAUGUGGCCUGAUCUGAUAAAGAAAGCAAAAGAAGGAGGGUUGGAUGCUAUUGAAACAUACGUGUUUUGGAAUGCAUAUGAACCUGUUCGUCGUCAAUAUGAUUUUAGUGGCAGAAACGAUCUCAUUAGGUUUCUAAAGACCAUUCAGGACGAAGGUCUUUAUGCCGUUCUUCGUAUUGGUCCCUAUGUCUGUGCCGAAUGGAAUUAUGGAGGAAUUCCUGUGUGGGUUUACAAUCUACCUGGUGUCCACAUUCGUACCUCAAAUCAAGUAUACAUGAAUGAAAUGCAAAAUUUCACUACUCUCAUUGUGGACAUGGUCAGAAAGGAGAAAUUAUUUGCCUCUCAAGGAGGUCCUAUAAUUAUUUCUCAG